GCUGGAUCCUUUGGCGUAUGUAAAUUUUAUAGAUUAUAAAGUCAAUCGGCAAAGAGAAUAUAAAACUACGUAAUCUACGUUAGAUUUAACAUUUUCCAUACAUAUUAUAAUUCUCUUUGGAUUUAACGGUUUUGCACUAGCCGCUAGCGUCGUUAUAAUUCUAAAGGUGCGAUAUAACCAAAGUAUUAAUAUUAAUUUAGUGUUAGGAUUUCUUGGAUAGAAUAGCUGUAUUUUGUGUACUGAAUUUCAUUAAAUUAAUCAAGAUUACUCGUGGUUUACAAGGAAUUGUUAAAUUCUUCAACAUGUCUGAACGUUCUUCAGUUCUAAAGUUCACACGUUUAAGUGUUAAUGCUUUUGAACCUGUAAGGGGUUCUGAAAAGGCAGCUGGACUUGAUCUAAAAAGUGCAUAUGAUUAUGUUGUGCCGGCACGUGGUAAAGAAGUAGUGAAAACAGAUUUGCAGAUAGAGCUACCUCCGGGCUGUUAUGGCAGAGUAGCCCCUCGUUCGGGUCUGGCUGUUAAGAACUUUAUCGACGUCGGCGCUGGAGUAAUAGAUGAGGACUACAGAGGAAAUGUUGGUGUCGUACUUUUCAAUCACUCAGAUAGUGAUUUCACUGUUAAGAAAGGUGAUAGAAUUGCACAACUAAUUUGUGAGAAAAUUGACCAUCCUGUUUUGCAGGAAGUAUCUAAUUUGAGUGCUACAGCCAGAGCGGAGGGAGGAUUUGGUUCAACAGGAAAGUAGGAAAAUGAUAACACUUUGAAUAAAGCACAAUAACCUUAUAAAUAAAUAGCUGUAAAUUACACAAUCAAUUAACUAUUUGUAUCAAUUCUAUUAUCUGAAAUUCACAUGAUUUUAUAUUGAUACUUCCUACACGUUUAAAACUUUUAGAGAAGUUCCUGAAAUAAUAUUUUAUUCCUUAGUACCUAAGUGCAGAAAAAUUAGUUAUGUAAAUAAGUAGGAUUUUUGUUAUAAGGUGGCUAAAAACAUGAUACAUAAACAUAUACAGGCAUGCUGUAUCUAUUAACACAUGUGAUGAUAAUUUUAAGUAAAUUUUCAUAACCAAAUUUGAACUAACUAGAAUAUAUUGGUAUCCCAGUAAUAGAUAUAGAUACUCCAAAGUUUAGUUUGCUUUAUUAAAAAAUGUUAUCUCUCUGGUUUAACUACAUAUAUAACUACUAUCCACCAUUCCAGUUUUCAGUUUUACAAUAAUAAAAUAAAAAAUGAAUGGUUUUUAAUGAAAUAUUAUUGUUAAGUCUUAAAUAUUAUGAUAAUAAAAAGGGAUAAUAAUAAUAAAAAAAAAUGUUGCUAAAUAACUCAACCACACAUGAUAGGUAAUUUUUCUGACAGCAAAUAAAUACAUGAUUCCAGUAAUAAUCCAAACCAGGAAAAUUACAUUUGAAUUGUAAUCAUAACUAGUUAAAAUAUUAACUAAGGUAAUAUGUUUUGCUGAGCUAGUAUUAGUAAUAUCCUAUUUUUGAUUCAAAUGUAAAAAUUUUAUCAUAAUAUUUCAAAGGGUAAGUAUGUCAGGGGCUCUAUUCUGGACAGAGAGGCAUAUCUGUCUUUUUGCAAAAAAGGCGAUCUAUUCAAAAGAUAGCUUUCGAUAGCCAUAUAGGAAAGAGUAAAAAACUAAUUUACCCAUACUGCUAUCAAAGUUCUCUUUUGAUUUGAAUGCCCAUAAUUGCAAAAAGAUAGGUUCUUCCCUGUACAAAAGAACAUCUGACUAUAAUUUUUCUAAUUAUUUAAGCUUUGACAGAUCACAAUAUUGACGGGACAACACAAGCAGUGCAUAUGUACUUGCUUGUAGAAAUAUAGUUAUGUCCACUUACUAUUUCUACUAUACUUUCUGUUCUUUGAUUGUUUUUUAAAGAAUUAAAGAUUCAAUCUUAUCUUUGUUUUUAAACUACAUUUAAUUUUCCCAUGGCUAUCGGGCAACAAGGAAGGAAGUAAGGUCUGUGAGAUGGAGGAUUUUUCUUUUUUCAUUAAUACACAUGUCCAAAAUUAAGCGGAAAUUUAAUAUUGAUUGGUCACCUUAAUCUAAAUGGAAAUGAAAACUGAACCAAACUAGAUAAUAUAUGUAACUAGAUAAUUAUCCAACAUUUUGUAUUUCAUAUUAAAAAAAACAAUCG